GAAAUAGUUGGAAUAGUGGCAUCGUAGAUAAACUCAUAGCUAGAGUGUACAGUGCUUGUAAGUUAGCUGGCUGUUUCUCUAUAUAUAUGUAAAAAAUAACGAUAAUAAUGAGUUUACUUAUUAUUGUCGACUUACUCGAUGUGUGAUAACUGAUAAACUGAACACGUAAAAAUGUAGCGUUUAAAAGGACUUCACUACGAGCUGUAUCACUGCCAAACAUGACCACGCUGUCAACAGCCUCCGAGUAUACUGGUGCAGCAUGCAGGUUAUUACCGGGGGAGACGAGUCAGGUUCAGCCCAGAACCCCGCUCCUGCAGAUUCUGCGUGUUGCUGGAGCCCAGGAGGAGGUCUUCACACUGAAAGAGGUGAUGCACUACCUGGGCCAGUACAUCAUGGUGAAGCAGCUGUACGAUAAGCAGCGGCAGCACAUCGUCCACUGCCAGGACGACCCUCUGGGGGAGCUGCUGGAGGUGGAGAGCUUUUCUGUCAAAAACCCCAGCCCUGUCUACGAGAUGCUGAGGAAGAACCUAAUUGUGCUGAAUUGCGCAGACGCUGCAAAGAAUCUUUCUGUCGGCAAGGAUUCUAAUGAGCCCGCGAGCGAAGAUCCCGGUCAGACCUCCAGCGGCCCGUGCAAGCUGGGCCAGGCUCUGAGCGCCGCCGUGGCCAGCGGGUGUGCCGCGCAGACCACCUCGCACCGCCGGCAGAGAGACCCCGAUGACGACUCUUUAGACGGCCUGCCCCGGUCUGCCUGUAAGAGGCCCAAGCUGGAGGUCAACCUGGACGAGUGGGACCUCUCCGGACUGCCCUGGUGGUUUCUGGGUAACCUGCGCAGCAACUACGGUCGCCGGAGCAACGGCUCCACGGACAUCCACACCAAUCAACUGUCCCCCGGGCAGGACGAAGACACGGCCAUCGUGUCGGACACCACGGACGACCUGUGGUUCCUCAACGAGGCGGAGAGCGAGCAGGUGAGCGUGGAGAUGAAGGAGGCGGCCCUGGAGCAGGGGAGCGACGGGGAGCUCCCGCAGGAGGAGGAGGACGCCGGCAAGGCCAGCAAGGAGGAGGAGAAGGAGUCUUUUCAGAUGCAGGAGGAGCCGGACGAGGACUCGCAGUGUCUGAGCGACGACACGGACACGGAGAUCUCCACGCAGGACGCGUGGCAGUGUACGGAGUGUCGCAAGUACAACACGCCGGUCCAGAGGUACUGCGUGCGCUGCUGGGCGCUGCGUAAGGACUGGUACAAAGACUGCGCCCGCCUGGCACACUCCAUCUCCGUGCCCGACAUCCCCGCCAGCGCGGGCACCAGCGCCGGUCGCCACGACGACAGCCGGGACGGCGGCGGCGGCGAGGGCGAUGGUGAGGUCGGCGAGGGGGGCGGGAUGGACGUGCCGGACUGCCGCAGGACCGUGUCGGACCCGGUCAUCCUGCCCUCGCACGCGUCGUCCCGCGACAGGCCGCCGCCGGCCCCCCCCGGGCACGCCGAGCGGGCCGGCUCGGACGGGGACAGCCAGGACGCGCUGGACAUGGAGACGGCGUGCCGGCCCGAGGCCCUGCUGGAGCCCUGCCGCCUGUGCCGGGUGCGGCCGCGCAACGGGAACAUCAUCCACGGGCGCACCGCCCACCUGCUCACCUGCUUCUCCUGCGCGCGCAAGCUGCACAAGUUCCACGCCCCCUGCCCCGGCUGCGGCCAGAUCAUACAGAAGGUCAUCAAGACCUUCAUCGCCUGACCUGCCCCCCCACCCCGCCCACACCACGCCCCCUGCCCCGCCUCCUACCCCGACUGCAGCCAGAUCAUACAGAAGGUCAUCAAGACCUUCAUCGCCUGACCUGCCCCCCCCCCCCCCCCCCGCCCACACCACGCCCCCUGCCCCGCCUCCUACCCCGACUGCAGCCAGAUCAUACAGAAGGUCAUCAAGACCUUCAUCGCCUGACCUGCCCCCGCCCCGCCACACCACGCCCCUGCCCCAGCUGCGGCCAGAUCAUACAGAAGGUCAUCAAGACCUUCAUCGCCUGACCUGCCGCCCCCCACCCCAACCUGCCCCGCCCACACCACGCCCCCUGCCCCGCCUCCUACCCCGACUGCAGCCAGAUCAUACAGAAGGUCAUCAAGACCUUCAUCGCCUGACCCCAAACCCUCCCCCCACACCACGCCCCCUGCCGCCUCCUACCCCGGCUGCAGCCAGAUCGUUCAGAAGGUCAUCAAGACCUUCAUCGCCUGACCUCCCCAGCCCCGCCCUUGGCCACACCCCCGCCCCGCCCGUCUUCAUAACCCCUGUAGGCAUGAUGCCCACGUAGGUACCCGUUUAACUCCCUUAUGCAUAUAAAAACUCUAAUGUGCCAGCAGUCCUCUUCCCUACGCCAGUACCACUUUCCCUCGCCCCUGCUCUCCCCAACCCGGCGACCUCGCUCGAGGAGCCGGACUGACCAUGUAAACGCUCUGGUAUUUAUGUAUUUAUUGCGUCUCUGGUUCUUGCGCCGCCUUUGCAGCCUUUGUGGGCAGGAAAUAAGCGGGGAAUGUACCAUAGAUAUUCGGCAUUCAGCGUCAAAACGCCUGGUUUCACUGGCGUUCAGUAAGCUAAAAGCUCUGUAAAUGCAGCCUCUCUCGUCAGUGAGUGGAACUGUGCCGUGAGUUUAUUUUUCAGGUCAAGCGUAGCAAACACAGUUGUGCAUCUUGUGAUUGCUUGUUGCCUUUUUUUUUUUUUUUUUUUUUGGUUUAAUGCAAACUUGUAGUGGGACCGCUCUGACCUCUAGCUUUGGAGAUGGGAGCCUUGGAUCAAUAGGUUUAAUACAGAUCGCCAGGCUAAUUAAGGCUUGGUGAAAUUUAAAGUGGUCGUUUGGUCGGGUUCAUUUUUAGUUGACUCUUAUUAGCGCUAAAGUCAUAUGCUGGUUUACCAGGAACUUUAUUAGCGACAGAGAGGUCACGCUCGUGCUGUUAUUGCAUGCGGUCCCAGCUGUCUUGCUGUUAAUGGGGCAGUGAGUACACACUGAGGCGAAGGUGUUGUUGUUAUUUUAUUUGCAGCUCAGGGCUCUGCUCUGUUUGGAGCAGGAGGCCGUUGGCAGACUCAGUGGGUAAGUCUGGCCCGGCGCUGGGCGUCUCCCGCCCCUCGGUGGAGGGCGAGACGGGCUCUGGCGCUCCCUGGCCCGGUCGGUCUGAGAAACGCCGCUGCCCUGUAGAGCGCGCUGGGACGCCCGUCCGCUGGGCGCGUGCCCGUCGGCCUUCUCCCUGGGGGGGCACGCGGCGGGUCAAACAACGCGGAGGCUCCGGGAUGUGGGUGGCAGUCCGACCGCGGGAUGGAAUGCAAGUACCAAUCAACAGCGAAAGGGGGCGGAGCUGGGCGAUGGGUUCGUCCGUCACGCCGACGCGGGCUGAGAAGACUCCGCCCCCUCUUCAAGCCUCCGUCAGUGUUGUCUUGGAGACCGGUGGCCAGCAGUGCAUGCUGGGAAAUCGGCACUGACAUAGAGCUGUGCACCAGUCUCCAGUCUCCUCCCCCACAUGCCUGUAAGCCCCACCCACUCUGGGUGAGUGGGCGGAGUGAAGGGUCAGGGAUGUGGGAGGAGCCUCAGGUGCUGCUGUUGAUGGGUCCUGUGCUUAUUGGUGGAUAAAAGCCCUCUGUCCCUCAGCUGUCUGAUCAAACCCGUUUCCUGUGAACACCUCUGCCUGUGCUUUCAGCCGAGUCGUGUUUACGGACACAGGCGGUCCUCGGUUCUACUGCCUGACUAACAUACUUCAUGUUUUUAUUAUUAUUAUUAUUGGCAUUAUUAUUAUUUUCUAAUUGUACAGAGAUUUAUAUCGCGUUCAUCUUUGUAGAAUGUGUGUAAUGCCAUACUGGUGCAAUGCAGUAAUAUUACAGUAACGUGGAAAGACGAAGAUUAAACAGAAGAAAUAUAUUUUUGCUGGUCAAGCAGGUCCCCUUUUAGUUCUGGUGCUUACAUUGCUGCCUGUUAGCGUAACGGAGGCUGAAUCUCCCUGAAACACCCCCAGCCCCGGUAAAAGUGUAGCUGCAGGCGCUACUGCCGUUCAGCCUGCUGUGCAGCACGCGGCUCAACUUUAAGCAGCGAGCUAAGUGCUGUUUCAGGUGUGAGCGGAGAGCACGGUGCAUUAUGGGCCUGGCUGUCGCUCAGAUUAAUCAUCUGUGAGCUGCUUCUGUAGAUUUAGGGGUCUGUUGUGUGCUUUUUCUCCUCCGAAGCUCUGGGCUUUGAUUAAUUGUUUUAAGUUGCCGUAUUGACUUGUAAUGAAGGGAAUGUUCUCCUAAUGUGGGCACUUAACGUGUCUGUAAAACCGACUCAUUUCAACCCUUUCUGUUAGCAGCAUGGGGCGGCUGUCCUACCAAACAGCUUUUACACCCCCCCCCAUCACCACCACAUGUACUGUACUGUAUAUAUCUAAUAUCGAUAUGGGACAGGAUAUGGUAUCUAAUAUGUUUAUAUGGGACAGGAAACAGUUGGGUCAGCUGUGUUCUGUGAGGGGGCGUGGCUCGUGUUCAGUACUGUUUAUGCUGUGUUCUGUGAGGGGGGGGGGGGGGCGUGGCCUGUGUUCAGGACUGUUUAUGCUGUGUUCUGUUUGGGGGAGUGGCCUGUUCUGGGGACUCUGUUUAUGCUGUGUUCUGUUUGGGGGAGUGGCCUGUUCUGAGGACUGUGUUUAUGCUGUGUUCUGUGCUGGGGGAGUGGCUUGUGGUCGGAACUGUGUUCAUGUGAGCGCUGGGCCAGCUGCAGCUGAUUCUGCGGGCCCAGGCUCUCUGCCCUCUCUCCAGUAGUAUUACUCGUGUGUGUCAGUUCACUGACCCCCAUGCCUCACUCACUGCCAUUGUGUGUUCCCACACUGCGUAAUGCAAUGUCACUGCCAUUAUUAAUGAAGUUCUGUUUUAUUGUAUUUUUUCCCCCCCUUUACCAUGUAUAGGGGGGGGGGUGUCUGCCUUCCCCCCCAAAAGUUAGGCACUGCUCAAGCCCUGUGGAAUUCAAAUAAAUUAAUAAAUAUAAUUUAAAAA